AUGAGAAAGACACUCGAAGAAACGACCCAUUAUCCUCCCUCACUCUUUUUCUCACUCUCUCAUUCCUUCUCGCUCCCCUCUCUCUCUCUCACACACACUCUCUCUCUCUCUCGAGAUUUUUUAUCUAUCUAUCUAUCUAUCUAUCUAUCUUAUUCUUGCAUGAGGCAUUCUCUGUCCAUCUUUCUGCUUCUGUCUCUGUCUCUCAGUCUGUCUGUCUGUCUGUCUGUAUCUCUCUGUCACUCUGUCUUUCUGUUUCUAUCUGUCUGUCUCUCUCUCUGUAACUCUUCCUGUUUUUGGCUGUCUGUCUCUCUCACUCUCACUAUCUCUCUCUCUCUCUUUCUGUUUGUGGCUGUCUGUCUCUUUCCCUCUUUCUCUGUCUCUCUUUCUGUUUCUGUCUCUCUCACUCUCACUCUCUCUGAUGUAUACAUUAACACCUACCCUAUUGUUCAUACAGUCUUUUGCGUGUUAAUCAAUCAUCAAGGUGCUGCUUUGGAAAAGAUAUUCAUUAUUUAG